CUUCACUUUUAUUUUCAUUUUUCAUUUUUCCGUUUCCGAUUACAUGAGCUAAAGGUCAAAGGCACCUACUCUCAAAGUAGUGACGUUCAAAACAUUUCGUGAAAUUUAUUACCAUCAAGAUCAAGUAAGUAACACAAAUGUAAAGGUACUAACGUUUGUGCAUCACUUUCUCAGAAUUGAAUACUGCCUAGGCCUAGGCCUGUAUAUUUAUUUAAUAGUAGAUUACAAAAGAUUAACGAGAAAAGAAAGCUGUCACUGCACUGCUAGCCCUUCUCCCUUCUGAUGAGUAGUGUUCAGAGGCCGAGGCCCUCUAAAUCUUCUUAAAUCAUAUUAUUCAUAAUUAGACAAUGACAAUAUUAUUAAGUAUGAAUUUAAUUUUUUUUAAAGGGUAAAUGGCUUUUAAAUUAAGUUUAAUCUACUAAACUUAAAAGUUAAAGCGAUUUACUAUUCACUCUUAUCUUGACUUUUAGUUUAGUUCACUUGACUUAUAAUAAGUCUUAUACUUGAAACUUAAGUUAUAGAAUAGUAACUUACUUUGCUAAACUUGACUUAGAGAGUAAAUAAAGGUUUAUUAAUUUAUACUUCUACUAUUACAUUAUAAUUAUUGUAUGUAUCAUGACUAUCAUGUAUUAUGUCAUUGACAUUGUGAUUGUCAUCUAAGCUAAACUGUAACUGGACAAUCCUCCGAAGUCUGGUCCCAAUUUAUUUCAAAUGAAAAAAAUGUCAUGCACAGCAUGUAUUGUUAGAAAACAACAGAAAUUUCCUAGCUUUUCCAAAUAACUGUCUCUUUACAAACCAGUCGGUAAAUACUAAAUAUUGUAAUUGGCACAUAGCAUUCGCAAACAGCCGAAAACAUUCUGCUUGUGACUUGCGCCACUGAAAGACCCCCAAGUAGCUGGCAAACAGACCGCGACUAGUACCACCCUGCUAGUGGAGUUUACGUUUCGCUUGCAUCCAAAGUCCUUAUGUGUGAAUGUCCUGGUCUACUGGAUCAACAAAUUCGUGCGUGUGCACAAUGACAGCAUGAGCAUAAAUCCUGUUUUGAGCUGACAGACAUUUUGAUAUUCUCACCAAGGGUCCGUGGCGACACUUGUCCCUGGUAACACAUUUUUAGUGAUAAUGCGCUCGAGUGUUUGUGCAUCUCGACGGCCAACAACCUCCAUCCAACAUUGUCCACUAUCGCAAACAUGAAUUUCAAAACAAAAUGAUGCCCAAGACUUUUAAGUAAGGAGUAAUCAUUGGAAAUAAUUUGGGACCUUACUUUGGAGGAUUGUUGUAACUGUAAGCAAGGCAUUUAUUAAAAUUAUUCUUGGGACUUUGGGAGGAGAAAACCCUGUUUAAAAAAACUCAGUGGGCAGUGUAGUGUCAAUGAAGAUUUGGGUCUUGGUGCUGAAAAAUCAGCUGUCAAUACUGUCAAUCACUCUGACUCUGUCAAUAAUGAUAAUUUUUAUCUUGACAAAAUGGAAAUUCUGUUUUGAGUUACCUUGAAAGUAAAUUUAAAAAUAACCCUCACACUCAAAUUUUUUUCCCAAGUCAUAACAGUAUUAAUGAGUGUGUGCUUUUUUUUGGGAAGGGGAGGGUGUAUCUAAAUGUCUUUGAUGGUAUUUAUUGACGAAAUUGAUUUUUUUAAAAAAUGGUUGAGGGUGGGGGUGUGUGGCUUUAAAAUACUGGAGGCUCUCAAAAUUGUGGCUUAACAGCACCGACAUAAGAAUAAUACUACUGAAACUGGAUAUUUUAAAAUGAACAUGAAAUGAUAAUUUCACUUCAUCUUACUCACAAGCCAAACAGUUUUUAAAUUAACUGAAAAAUGUACCUAAUUCCUAUAAAGAACUAUAUAUAAUUAUUUUUUAUUAAAGCAAUUCAUUCAUUCACCUUUUCAAACCUUUGUAUCUUUCUACAGAUAAAGGAAAAACAACAGAAUUUCAAAAAUGAAUCCAGCAAGAAAUUUUGUAACAAAGAUUGCUGGUUGCUCUCAUGUUAUGAGAAAUUUGAGACAUGGAUAUAGACUAUCGCAAACAUUAUCAACAUAUUCACUUAGGCGCAUGCCUUUAACACUUACCCAAAAUCACCACAUAGAGACAUCAAGCACUGUUGUUCGUUUAACAUCAACAUCAGCUAAAAAGUUUGAAGUGAUUAAUGUUCAAGACGAAGAAGACUUCAAAAAGAGAGUAAUUGAAGUGAGCAGCACUAUUCCUGUAGUGGUUGAUUUCCAUGCGACGUAAGUGUUCAAUACUAAAACUAAAAAAUAUUUAGAGUUGUUUUGUUUUUUUAUUUAGAGCUCAACAUUUCUGUAUCAGAAGUAAACUACCAUAAUGGAUUCAUCUCUUAAUUACUUGUCAGGACUAUGCACAUCGUUGAGCCUCAAGUUGUAAACCCCACCCCCCUCCCCUGCACAGUUAAAAGAAGAAUAACUCUUAGCAGUUUUUAUUUCUUUGAUGCAAUGUUGACAUGUCACUAAGCUAAAAAUGUUAAUAUUUCAUUAAGCCAUUUAUCCCACGAAACAAAACAGUUUGAAAUCAUACUCAUUUAUGUGUCUUUGGGGUGCAUCUUUAGUGCGGUUUUGUAAUAGAUUUUAAUAUGCCUAUUCUGAUAAAGGUUAUUUUAGUAAGUUAGCUUUCAGCUGGGGACCACACAGAAAACUCUCUGUGACCCCCAUUUGGAAUCGGCUGAAAAAUUUCAAAAGAGAGUUUAUAAGUAAUAAAAUGUCUGAAAUAGUAUAGCAAAAAAAAGGUCAUUCACGAAUUGCAAUGAAAUCAAUCUCAAUAUGACUUGAUAUUAUGAAUUCUUCAGAAGUUAUCUACCGAACUAAAGUUUAUAAAAAGUUUUGCCAGGAUGCACCCUCUUAGGAACACUGCACAAUAUACAGACUUCAUUGCUUAAUAACUUAAAAGCAUAAUUUUUUAAGGAAAUGUACAAAUCAAAUGAUAAUUUUGUUUAGUUAUCAUCAAUGACAUAUUUCUUAAGGUCACUUGAUAAGUUCCUUGCCUUUUUACCUUCUAACAUAUAAGUCAUUUCCAAGCAUAAUUUUAUCUUCCAGUUGGUGUGGACCUUGCAAACUAUUAGGUCCUAGACUUGAGUCAAUUUUAGCUGAGGGACAAGGCAAAGUUGUUAUGGCUAAGGUGGAUGUUGAUGAAGUUUCAGAGUUAGCUGUUGAAUUUGGAGUUAGUAUUUUUUUAAAUGUCAAUACCGGUAACUUAAAAUUAUUUUGUAAAUAAGUCCUGUUAGAUCAGCCCUUUAAAAAAAACACUGGUAGGUCACAUGGUUUUAAAAAAAAUUGUGUAUUUUAACAAGCUGCCAAUAUCAAAAUGUUGAAAUUGUAACAUUUACUUUAUAAAAAAAUUAACCAAAAUGGAAAUAAGUGUUUUUACUGGUACCUCAAAUAGCAAUUUAAGCACACAGUCUUGGGUUUAAACUUAUUGUUUGGGUUUAAAAUUUCAUUAAAUGUUCAAUCACACCCAUGAUUUAAUUUUAAAUAUGAUUUUCUUUUUAAAAAUAUUAAUCAUUUCCAUUUUUAAUUGAUUGUGCUGUAGAUUGACAGUUGGUUCUUUUGUGUCUUUAGGUUAGAUCAGUGCCUACUGUGAUUGGUCUCAAGAAUGGUAAAGUUUUGAAUCAGUUUGUUGGAUCAGUAGACGAUGAUCAGAUUCGAGCAUUUGUAAAGAAAUUGGUGCUUUCAUGAUUUGUUAUAAACUAUCUGAGAAAAAUGUGAGAAUCGGUUAUAAUUUUGCUUUAAAAGAAAAAAAAGAAAUGUUAUGUUACAAUUACAUAUUAUACUUACAUGUGUUUGAAAUCAUCAUACUCAUUUAUAUGUCUUUAGGGGAGCAUCUUUAGUAUGGUACGGGAGUAGAUUUUAAUAUGCCACUUCUCAUUAAGGUUGAAAAAACAUGACUGAAAGAAUAUGUUUCUAAUGUGAGCAUUAUGAAGUUAUCAAAAAUAUAUAAAGUAAAUAAAGACCCUGGAAACAGAACAUUUAUUUAAGGUUAUUUUUUUAAGCUAGCUUUCAGAUGGCGACCACACAAAAAACUUUAUGUGACCCCAUAUCGGUCACCACAACCAGGGAAUUUGUACUUUAUUUCUUUCCCCAAAGACACCAACAAGCAGGUGAUUGGAUAAGAUGAAUCAGAUGAUAAAAAUGGUGGGUUUUUUUCUUCAAAAAGCAUUGGGAUGUGGAAGAAAAGAUUUAUAUAUUGGAAAAGAAUUGUAUGUAUUAUUAUACCAGCUUGUUAAGUUAGCUGUAUUGAAUGAAUAAUCGCUAAAAUUUACUUGUAAAAUAAACUAAUCUCAUUUUUGAGUCUUCAUCUCAUGCCACUAUUUUAUUUUGUAUAUAUUUUUCAUAUGCCUUAAAUUUUUUCCUAUGUAUGUUAACCUUUGAUUAUUUGAUAGUGUGUGUAAUGAACAUAAAGUUUUUAUUAAAAUUAAAUUUAUCAGCUGCAUGAACAGAAUUUGAAGAAAAAAAUUAAUUGAGUGUUAGGAGAUAAAGGCAAAGCAAUUUAAUUAUCAUUUUAUUCAUGCAUUUGGAUUAACCCAUGCAUUUGUUGCUCAUUUGUAAGAAUUGAUGUGAAUUAAAUGAAAAUAUUUUAAAAUA